AUCGGACAUUGCGAAUCGGAACACCACCGGAAACAGAGGGAUACAACGAAGAUUUUGUUUUGGUGAAUGUUACAGAGAGCUGAAAAACACACAGUUUUAACAUUUAUUUAUCGCGGAUUUUUUUAAAUACUGGCGCUGAAGUUAUGAAGCCAGCAGUUGAUGAAAUGUUUCCUGAGGGAGCUGGUCCGUAUGUGGACCUGGAUGAGGCAGGGGGCAGCACUGGACUGCUGAUGGAUCUGGCCGCCAAUGAGAAGGCAGUGCACUCAGACUUUUUCAAUGACUUUGAAGAUCUAUUUGAUGACGAUGAUAUUCAGUGAUGAAGAGGACGAGUAGAACGGAUUUCUCCACUGUAUAAAAUGUUCAUUUUUGUACAUUUAAGUGUUUUUUUCUCUACUUUAAGAGUGAUAUUGCAUUAACUCUUCAGUUCAUUAAUAAACUUUUGUGCAAUACAAAGUC